AUGGGCAACGCGUGGCUAAAUAAAAACGAAAUAGGUGAUACAAAUGGCCCUGAAUUUCUGAAAGCCGCGCGAGGAUACGUUUAUCAUAUUGGUCUGUCUGAAGAGCAAGUUGCGGGAGAAGUUGAUAAAAAUGAGGAAGCCCCUGCAAAUGUGUUGGUGCUGGUUCGGACCGAAAAUAGAGGCGUAAAACGGCGGCAGACGGAUACCAUCGAUCUGAAACGAAUAAAAGAAUUGGCCGCACUUGAUCAACAACUUAACAAUGGCGUAGUACUCAAGUGGCUUUACAUCCGACCUGAGUCUUGUGACCUUGAUGAUAUCAUCGAGCAAAUUUAA